GUUUACACAACAACCCCCUAACAACACUUCUUCCUUUCUUCGAAACACACCCUCCUCUUCUUUGAAACAAUGCCUUAAAAGCGACAACCCUAACACAGAGCUCAUCACCCUAACGGCGGCGGCGCUCUUCACCUAACAUAGAGCUCAUCGCCGGUGCUCUCACUCUCUCCCCCAAUAACAUUCGUUGGUCAACCUCGUUCCAACCCUCUCUAGCAACCCCUACAUAGGUGCCAUCUCUGUCGGUGUUCCCUGCGUCGGUUCUCCUUCCGUCUCUCCUGUAAACACCUAUCCCUCCUUCGGCGGUGACUCACUCUGGUAAGGCCUCCCUCGGCGCUCACUCUCUAUCGCAAACCCCCGGUCGACGCUCACUCUCUCUCGCAAACCCUCAAUCGUCACUCCUCCUUCCAUGGUUCAGCACUCGCCGCGUUGUCGUCACCCUCUCUGAAGUCGUCGCGCCGCCGUCUCCAUCUCCUUCACUCGUCGCACCUCCGUCAGCCACGUUAAGCGUUCGCAGCACAGUGGGGACUCCUACUGGAGAAAAAGUCUAAGGCUGCUGGUCUUAGGGAAACUGCAAACCAUUUGCGUGAUUUGAAUCUUGAGGAUGCGCACGAAAUUCUUAGGCAAGCUGCUGAAAUUUUUGAAGGAAUAGGAAUAAUUAAUAUUGCAGCUCAAUGUUUUUUAGAUUUGGGGGAUCAUGAAAAAACUGAGCCGACCAAUAUUUAAUAAGAGUACACGGUUUGAGGACAUGAGAAAUGCUGAGGACGACAGGAUUCCUUUCAGGAGGCCAACUGUUAAAAAGCUGGCAAAUAAAGCAGCAGGGAUAGAAUCUAGAGAUGGUGAUCUUGAUUUGGAAUUUUCACAGCCUUGGUCUGGACAGUCUUCUUCAAGGCAACAUGCAUCAAGGCCAGAAGCAACACCUUUGGAUUUUGUGAUCCGUCCCCAGUCUAAAAUUGAUCCAGAAGAAGUUAGAGUGCGAGCAAAAGCUGCUGCAGAAGAUCAGCAGAGAAUGAAGCCUUUCCCAGUUGAGCAAGCGAAAAUUCUAUCACUUUCGCAUAUACCAGCCAAUGGAACUUGAAGAAGUUCUAUCAGAAGGAGAUAGUGAGGAUGAAGUUGACGAUGAAGUUGCUGAUUUUGAAGAGCUAAGGAGGCUUGGUAAUUUUGACAAUGUGACCAAUGCUGAGAAGAAAUUCAUGCAUAUGUGGAACUCGUUUAUUCGAAAGCAACACCAUGUAUCUUGUGUUUACAGGGCUGUUUUAGCUUGGCUUUCUAUUAUUGCGCACCACAACAAAGACAAGAAGGCAUGAGAGAAACUGAUCUCCGUGGUUGAUGUUGUGAAGGAACACUGGGCAACUUAUGGAAGAAAUUUUUUUCUAGAUAUGAUUAUGAGGAAUGUGAAUCUGAAGGUGCCAAUAAAAUGGUAGCGUACCUACGAGAGACUGCAUCAAAGAGCAAGACUGGUGAUAAGUUCUAAUGAUAAUUUUGAUAGUUCUAAUGAUCUCCUAAGUUCUAAUGAUGAACUUAUUUU